AUGGUCCGUCUUUGUUCUGCAAGUGUUCUCUUAGCAUUGGUUGCUGUGAAGGCUACGACGGCCGCACCUCCCAAGAGGCAGUCUAAAGGUACAGCUACCAUCGAUCUGAACACCAACAUUGGUUCUGCAAACGCUCUAGGUGCUGGCUUUAUCUAUGGGUUUCCCGACAAUGGCACAGAAGCGAGCAAUGCCAUCCCUGAUCACUUCAUGACCGACAUCGCGUUCCGAGCGAGUCGCGCAGGAGGAGCCCAGAUACCGCCAAAGGGCUGGAUCGGCGGUCUCCAAGCAUAUGUUGCUCGCUUCAACUCAACCCUAUCAAACUAUAGAACGACCCGGAAAUAUGGAGGGGAUUUCAUCCUGCUUCCACACGACCUAUGGGGUUCUGACGGCGGCGCCGGUGUGAAUGCGCUUUACCCAGGAGACAACGGCAAUUGGACUGAAACGGAGACCUUCCUCACCCGUCUUGUUCAAGAUCUCAAAGCCCAUGACAUGCUUGAAGGCUUGGUUUUUGAUAUAUGGAAUGAACCCGACAUCGACAGUUUUUGGGCGCGAUCAUGGGACCAGUAUCUGGAGUACUACGUACGAGCGACUACCAUCAUUCGCAAAUUGCUUCCGACAACCCUCAUCAGUGGGCCAUCUGCGGCACACCCGCCAUCUUUAGACGAUGCGAAGUGGAAAGCAUGGCUAUCAGCCGUCAAAAAGAGCAAAAGCCUACCUGACAUCUACUCAUGGCACCAGAUCGGCUCAUGGUCACGCGAGCCUGACAGGGUCAUUCCAGACUUUACCACGCUGCUGAAAAAUCAGGAUCUACCGCAAAAACCUAUUGAUAUCAACGAGUACGCUGCGCUUGAGGAGCAGAAUCCUGCAAAUUCAGCAUUUUACCUUGCCCAGCUUGAACGGCACAAUCUACGCGGCUUGCGUGCAAACUGGGGAAGCGGUAAGAAACUGCAUGACGAGAUGGGCAAUCUCGUCUACAAGGGAGCCUCUGGAUACGUUCCCAAUGGAGAUUGGCAGCUGUACAAGUACUACGCCUCUAUGAAGGGCGACAGGUUUGCUACUACGGUUUCCAAAGAUCUGCUCUUCGAUGUGUUUGCGACCAAGCAAGACCGCGUGGUGAAGAUCAUCGCGGGGACUAGAACGAUCAAGGCAGCAUAUGAUAUCAGUAUCAAGGGGCUGACAAGCCUGGGUCUUUCGGCUGAUGGCAACGUCAAUGUUCAAGUCUAUCGAUUUGACUGGGCGGGGAACCAAGCGAAAAUUGGAGAUCCCGUCAACCUCGGCAUCUCUUCGUACAAGUACUCAAAAGAUCAGCUGCUGCUCGCAGUGGAUCCUCCUACCAAUUCAACAGCCUUUGCAUACGAGAUCCGUUAUUAAUCUCAUCGAGCAAAGUAUCUAUGGUUGUGUAC